CCUAAAACAUUUCCCCACGCUUUCCAAAUCACACGCUUCCUCGGUCUGCGAUAUAUCUGGAUCGAUUCCCUGUGUAGCAUCCCGGAUUCGGGAAAGGACAGGAAUCAAGAGUUCACCGCAAUGGCUGACAUAUAUUCGAACGCAAUAAUCACCACAGCAGCCACCAGUGCUGCGUCGCCAGACUCAGGGCUUUACUCUAUUCCAGCCGAGCUUUAUCGAAUGCGUAGACAUCCCCAAGAUGAUGACAACUCUAAAGCUUUGGUCAGACCCAAGGACAACUUACUUUAUCGCCAGCAUGAUAUACGCCUACUGAAACGUGCAUGGGUACUAUAGGAGAGAUUGCUCAGCACACGCGUUCUCCAUUUCACUCCCCAUGAGUUGAUGUUUGAGUGUCUGCACGAAAUAAAGUGUCAGUGCGGAAGACUAGACACAUGGUGGGAUUCGGAAUGGGCUCGCGGUGGUUUCAAACAGACUGUGAGUACAUUGCUUUUCGGAAUCAAUCGUGCAUUCAGCUCAGGGCAACUCCAAGGGCGUCCUAUGGACUAUCAAAGGGAGACAGUUGUCCAAACAUACUCUCGGCUCAGUUUAACGAGGCCCGAUGAUGUACUUCCGGCGCUCUCUGGUGCAGCGAAGCCUACAAACAUGUUCAGAGGCGGAGACCAGCAUUGUGCUGGUCACUUCAAGAGUAUACUGCCACUUUAAAUGGCUUGGCGUGUGAUAGGACUGCGAGUGGGUGGGGCCCGGCACGGCCCAACAUGGUCGUGGCUUUCAGUGAUACCUGGGCCGAG